GCGUCAACAUCAUGGGUGCCUAUAUAUGAAAUCCAAUAGGGUUGCCUCUUCGUAGAUUACCGCUUAGACGUUGGCUGCCCCGUGCUCCCACAUCCGGCGAGAGUCAUACCACAGAAAUCAACUUCAAAUCAGCUUCUUUAUUCUCCCAGAUUCAGGAGCUAGAUGGAUACGAAGAUGAGCAACAGCGAGUCUCCCCGGGUGUGCAGGUUCACCUUGUGCCCAAUUGCUCCAGAGGAUAACCAAGCUGUUCGCAUCAAGUUUGCUCAUCUGGGCAAGGAUGGAUUUUUCAAUAAAAGGAUCUCGACAGUUGAUGUCUCUGCAUCGGUUCGAGAUAGGGGCAUGUCAGACUGCAAUCUUGACGAUUUCUCAUCACAUCUGGCAGUAGCGGAUAACAUUCAAUUUGAACCUUUCCACCGUUUUUGGUUGGAAGAACGUCCCUUGUUGGAUGCGCUUAACCCGUUGGAAGAAAGUCCCUUGUUGGACGCGCUUAAUCCGUUGGAAGAACGUUUUUGGAUGAGAAAACACCAAGGGAACAAGAAGAGGAGAGCGGACGACGAUGCAGCCAAGGACGACAAUGGCGAUGCAGGUCCUGCUCCUGCCGUGGACAUGGAGUAUUAAUCUUAUUUGUAGUAAAUCAUCUGUUCACCUGUUUUGUAUUGUUGCUCUGGAACAUGUAAACUAAAUUAUCUGGUAUGCAUAUUUUGUGCAUGUGUGUUUUGGCAUGUAAACAUAUGCUGAGCUAACUUAACUGGUGGCCUAGUUUGUGGUGCCUAGUUGACCAUAAUAUUAAAGAUUUGACUGUAGC